GAAGUUACGUAGUCGGCGCGCGCCCAGGGGGCGGGAGUCAGCUGAGCUACCGGGGCGAGUGGGGAUCACCUGAGCUCCGCUAAGGGGUCGGGGCUCUCUUGGCGGCGGGCGUGGGGUGCAGGACUGCGCCAGGUUCAAGGGGGAGCGUUCCUGAGCCACCUCGUUCCGUAAGGCGACAGCGAGAAGGUCCUCGGGAUUUUAAAGAGCAGGAGGGCGGCCAUCGCCAGCGUCUGUCAGAUCGCUGUGUAGAAGCUGGGGAAUCGCAGGCUCCAGUCGGGGCGCAGGGAUCCCUGGCGGAAGCCCCGUUUGUAACCCCUGGGGCGGCGAGUCCCGAAGCCAGGCCCCAUGGCGUCCAUCCUGGAUGAGUACGAGGACUCCCUGUCCCGCUCGGCCGUCUUGCAGCCCGGCUGCCCCAGCGUGGGCAUCCCCCACUCGGGGUACGUGAACGCCCAGCUGGAGAAAGAAGCGCCCAUCUUCACGAAGCAGCGCAUUGACUUUACCCCGUCCGAGCGGAUCACCAGUCUUGUCGUCUCCUGCAGCCAGCUCUGCAUGAGCCUGGGCAAGGACGCGCUGCUCCGCAUUGACCUGGGCAAGGCAAAUGAACCCAACCAUGUGGAGCUGGGGCGCAAGGAUGAUGCCCGAGUUCACAAGAUGUUCCUGGACCACACUGGCUUUCACCUGCUGAUUGCUCUGAGCAGCACAGAGGUCCUUUAUGUGAACCGUAACGGACAGAAGGUACGGCCGCUGGCACGCUGGAAGGGGCAGCUGGUGGAGAGUGUGGGCUGGAACAAGGCCCUGGGCACCGAGAGCAGCACAGGCCCCAUCCUGGUUGGCACUGCCCAAGGCCAGAUCUUCGAGGCAGAGCUCUCCGCCAGCGAGGGUGGGCUUUUCGGCCCUGCCCCGGAUCUCUACUUCCGCCCGCUGUACGUCCUGAGCGAAGAGGGGGGCCCGGCGCCUGUGUGCUCCAUCGAGGCCGAGCGGGGCCCUGACGGGCGCGGCUUCGUGAUCGCCACCACCCGGCAGCGCCUCUUCCAGUUCAUAGGCCGCGCGCCAGAGGGAGCCGAGGCGCAGAGCUUCCUGGGGCUCUUCGCCGCCUUCGCGGACCACCCACCCCCGUUCCGCGAGUUCCCCAGCAGCCUGGGCUACAGCGAGCUGGCCUUCUACACCCCCAAACUGCGCUCCGCGCCGCGGGCCUUCGCCUGGAUGAUGGGGGAUGGCGUGCUGUACGGGUCACUGGACCACGGGCGUCCCGACUCCCUGCUGAGCGAGGAGCGGGUCUGGGAGUACCCAGAGGGGGUAGGGCCCGGGGCCAGCCCACCCCUGGCCAUCGUCCUGACCCAGUUCCACUUCCUGCUGCUGCUGGCAGACCGGGUGGAGGCGGUGUGCACGCUGACGGGGCAGGUGGUGCUGCGGGACCGCUUCCUGGAGAAGUUCGGGCCGCUGAGGCACAUGGUGAAGGACCCGGCCACCGGCCACCUGUGGGCGCACACGGAGCGGGCCGUGUUCCGCUACCACGUGCAGCGCGAGGCCCGGGACGUGUGGCGCACCUACCUGGACAUGAACCGCUUCGACCUGGCCAAGGAGUACUGCCGGGAGCGGCCCGACUGCCUGGACACCGUCCUGGCCCGGGAGGCCGCCUUCUGCUUUCAUCAGCGCCGCUACCUGGAGAGCGCCCGCUGCUACGCCCUGACCCAGAGCUACUUCGAGGAGAUCGCCCUCAAGUUCUUGGAGGCCCGGCAGGAGGAGGCUCUGGUUGAGUUCUUGCAGCGCAAACUGGCCAGCUUGAAGCCGUCCGAGCGCACCCAGGCCACGCUGCUGACGACCUGGCUGACGGAGCUGUACCUGAGCCGGCUCGGGGCCCUGCAGGGCGACCCGGAGGCCCUGGGCCCCUACCGGGAGACGCGGGAGCGCUUCCGCGCCUUCCUCAGCAGCCCCCGCCACAAGGAGGCGCUCUUCGCCAGCAGGGCCUCCGUCCACGAGCUGCUCGCCAGCCACGGGGACACGGAGCACAUGGUCUACUUCGCCGUGAUCAUGCAGGACUACGAGCGGGUGGUGGCGUACCACUGCCAGCACGAGGCCUACGAGGAGGCCCUGGCGGUGCUGGCCCGCCACCGGGACCCCCAGCUCGUCUACAAGUUCUCGCCCAUCCUCAUCCGCCACAUCCCCAGGCAGCUGGUGGACGCCUGGAUCGAGAUGGGCAGCCGGCUGGACGCCCGGCAGCUCAUCCCCGCCCUGGUGAACUACAGCCAGGGCGGCGAGGCCCAGCAGGUGAGCCAGGCCAUCCGCUACAUGGAGUUCUGCGUGAACGUGCUGGGCGAGACGGAGCAGGCCAUUCACAACUACCUGCUGUCGCUGUAUGCCCGCGGCCAGCCGGCCUCGCUGCUGGCCUACCUGGAGCAGGCGGGGGCCAGCCCGCACCGCGUGCACUACGACCUCAAGUACGCGCUGCGGCUCUGCGCCGAGCACGGCCACCACCGAGCCUGUGUCCACGUCUACAAGGUCCUGGAGCUGUACGAGGAGGCCGUGGACCUGGCCUUGCAGGUGGACGUGGACCUGGCCAAGCAGUGCGCCGAUUUGCCCGAGGAAGACGAGGAACUUCGCAAGAAGCUGUGGCUGAAGAUUGCGCGGCACGUGGUGCAGGAGGAGGAGGACGUGCAGACCGCCAUGGCCUGCCUGGCCAGCUGCCCCCUGCUCAAGAUCGAGGACGUGCUCCCCUUCUUCCCCGACUUCGUCACCAUCGACCACUUCAAGGAGGCCAUCUGCAGCUCCCUGAAGGCCUACAGCCACCACAUCCAGGAGCUGCAGCGGGAGAUGGAGGAGGCCGCGGCCAGCGCCCAGCGCCUCCGGCGGGACCUGCAGGAGCUGCGGGGCCGCCACGGCACCGUGGAGCCCCAGGACAAGUGUGCCACCUGCGACUUCCCGCUGCUCAGCCGCCCCUUCUACCUCUUCCUCUGCGGCCACAUGUUCCACGCGGACUGCCUGCUGCAGGCCGUGCGGCCUGGGCUGCCUGCCUACAAGCAGGCCCGGCUGGAGGAGCUGCAGCGCAAGCUGGGGGCCGCUCCGCCCCCCACCAAGGGCUCCGGCCGGGCGAAGGAGGCCGAGGGGGGCGCUGCUGCCGCGGGGCCAAGCCGGGAACAGCUCAAGGCUGACCUGGAUGAGCUGGUGGCCGCCGAGUGUGUGUACUGUGGGGAGCUGAUGAUUCGCUCCAUCGACCGGCCCUUCAUCGACCCCCAGCGCUACGAGGAGGAGCACCUCAGCUGGCUGUAGGAGGCGGCCGCCCCUGCUAGGCGGGCAGGCGGGCAAGCACAGCGACUUGCGGGUCUUAGGAAGGCGGCGUGAGGGGGCUGCUGCGAGGCCGCGGCUGUAGGAGGGAGCGGAUUACAGCCGUGGCCCAUGGGGGUGUCCGCGCUGAGCGCACCUGCCCGCUGCUCAGGCUGCUCCUCAGGGCGCCUUCGGGCUGCUGCUCCGCCAGGCCGGCAGCCCGCCUCCCGGCACAGGGCAUGAGCCAGAAAGGUCACCGCUCCGAUCGCCUUCCCACCCCCUCAGCAUCGAACAGCUCGGUUUUCCUUCUCGCUCUCGGCACACUUCCUGCUCAGCUUCUAGAGCAGGAGUACCGUUCUCCCUUUUCACUCCGCGCCUCUCCUCUCCCAGAGGAAGCCCUCUCUCCUGUCUGCCCCCGGGGCGCAGAAGCGGAAAGACACCCCCUCCAGGUCUGGGCGUGGGGGUGGGGGAGGCGGUGCGGGCAGUGGGUGCGGGCUUGUGCACCCUGUUGGGUGUCCGCUGUGGAGGACAGCGGGAGCUGGUGAUGGCGGAGAGCAUUAAACUGCGUUGCACUGUGGCUCGAGCUGGUGGGUUGUGAUGCUGGCUGAGUGGGCGGGGGCCGCGGGGAAGCUGCCUGGAUCCUGCGUGCUUUCGAGCCUUGGCCCUGUGUCUUCACCUGGAAGUGGGACAGGAUGAUCGGCCCGUCCCUCCCCUCUAUCCUCUGAUUCUUGGCUUCUGUUGGAAAUGACCACCCAUCAUCCUGUUUGGAACAGGGGCUGUUCUUCCCUCUGCCAGCAGGGGGUGCUGCUCCCCACAGAAUCCUUUGCACGCAGGCAGCUGGACGUGCCGAUUCCUCGCUUUCUCCAGGAGUGCUUCCUCAGUCUGUCCCUUCCCCAGUUGUCCCAAGCAUUUUUCUGGGUGUCUCGGUGACCUAACCAUGAAUCUAAGCCCCUCGUUCCUUCUCCCUCCAUUAGCCCUUACAAAUACUAGGUUUUGCUUGCCCCUCUCCACCAGCUUGGAUUCCUGUGGGCCCAGGUGCUGCCCAUCUUUGAUACUGCCCCACCACUGUCUGGCACUUAGCCAUAGUGCUGAGGUCCAGCAUGGAGGGGAGGGUGCCAUUGCUACCAACCAUGGCAUUUGGCAAACAGGUUUUUUCCUCUCUAGCUCCUGUGCCCUGCCCCUCCCCCAGAUCACACUUCUUUCGUUGUGGCUGGAAGCUAAGCCACAAGCAAAGAUGCUUCGAGCGGGGCCUUCCUGUGACAUCAGCGAACAGCCUUUGCUCCUGACGCGGGUGUCCACAGUCCACAGCCUGCUCUCUGGGUGUGGCCUGUUGGCUGCCAGACUGAAAUAAAACAACAAGCGAGUGUUCCUGGAAUC